AUGUACAGCAAAGAUUGGGGUUCUACUCUCUCUGCGCCACAAGACAAGCCGGAAUCCACCACGCUGCCUGUCGAAUUCGAAAUUGGGACGCAAGUGGGGUCUGUUUCAUACCCACCCCCUCCGGCGCUCGUCAAGCGCAUCAAGCGCGGUGAAAUUCCGCCCCUCUGCUACCUAACGGACGACUAUUGUCUGCGCGGCGCUAGUCACGCGGCAAACGACUUGGAUCGUCGGCUCAUUGUGGAGGGCGACAGUCUCGUCAGUAUCAACCGAGAGCUGUCCUUUGAGGCCGACAAACAAUUGUCACUCUCGCGCUGGCAUCAGGCAUACCGUCGUUUGUUUGCACUCAUGGCUACCAUUCCCAUUUGGAGUGAAGUCCUUCCGCGGCUGCGCAUCCACUACAACGCUAUUCUCGACUACCAGAACCACGAGGAAAAUUGGCCCAUCCUCGUCGCGUACGAUGCCGAGCUUCGCCGGUUGUGGGCAACGGCAAAAUUCGACUUUGGCACCUGGCAACGGAAGGUCUGGGACAGCGAGACCGUCAAACACACGGCAAAGGAGGCAAAGAACAGCGUCAAAGGCGAAUUUCAAAAGCUCUAUGGCGGGGUCCCUGAUCGCCGCGGCAUCGAUCUAUACGAGGGACAGAGCGUCGCUCGUCCUCUCCGCCUCCCUCAUCUUCCUUUCGCCCUCGAUUUCGUUGCUUCAAAUGCGGAUCUCGCGAGCCCGGUCACCGUACAAGUGAAUGUACUCAAACGAGAACGCAGCGGGGUGGAGAAACCUUUCUCGGAUUCGACCGCCGCUCCGGUAACCGCCUCGACAAGCAUGGCCAACGCUAUUGCUUCAAUUUCAAUGGCCAGAAAGGCUGCUCCCCCGGAGUCCAGUCGUGCAAUCUCGGUAAACACGCGUGUUCGCUCUGCGGGUCCGAAGACCAUUGCGCCCAGAGCUGCCGGGUCGUCUGACUUCCUACCAGUGGUCACGCCUCUGAUACCUCAUCACUGGGAGGCGGCGCUGCGCGCCGCUAAUCUUCUCGAUCGUUUCUUCGACAUCCCUAUCUGCCUGCAAGACGGGUUUCAUUUCGGUAUUCACACUUCCAUUUCCGAAUCUUUCUUGCCUCCUAAUCGACGCUCCGCUAAUGAACAUCCCUCUCUCGACGCUACUCUGGCCCAUUCGACGCAGGACGUCUUGAGCGCAUCAUUGGACCGUUUCAAUCCUCCCCGCUGGGGGUGGUUCCCAAAGCUGGUGAGACAGAUAUAUGAAAAGUCUUGGACCAUCCGCCACUACGAUGACGAUGAUCGCCCUUCGAUUAACUCCGGUAUCGACUCCGACGAUUUUCCGUGCGAAUGGGGAACGUUCUCCGAGAUGCUGUUGAUGGUGAUGAACGCCCCGCCCGGUACACAAGCGGCAACACUGGAUGUUGAUGCCGCGUUCCGCAGAGUGCCCAUUCAUCCAACUCAGCAGCCAUUCUUCGUAAUAUGGUGGAGAAAUAAGGUUUAUAUUGACCAUUGCGCGCCGUUCGGACCUUCAAGUUCCCCGGGCAUCUUUGGCCAUCUUGCAGAUGCUAUGGCAGCGCUCCUAGUGCAUAACGCAUUAGGACCCGUAAAAAAGUGGGUUGAUGACUUCUGUUUCUUUCGAUACUCCUCUGAGGCUGCACCGCCAUACUCCUAUUCAUACGACAUUGCCGACAUCUAUGCAUUUACCGAGCCUUUCGGAUGGCCCUGGAAGUUGUCCAAGACUGUCCCUUUUGAUGCAACCUUCAAAUACAUUGGCUUCAGAUGGGACUUAAUGGCGAAGACGGUCGAAAUCCCAGAGUCGAAGAAGUUGCGCUAUCUGAACAAACUCACGCCAUGGGUUAAAGGUGCAAAGUUCUCGAGGACAGAGGUUGACUCCGUUCAUGGAACGCUCGUGCACUGCACCAUGGCGGUGCCUGAUGGUCGAUCCCGACUUCCGGCAAUUUCGGCAUUCGCCUCAUCCUUCUCACAUUCGUCAUCUGCAUUUUCCAGGCGAACACCCAACGCCACAGUUCUAGCCGACAUCGAAUGGUGGCGAGAGACUCUGCGCCGACAGUUCUCUGGAUUGAAACUCAUUCGCCCACCUCGGCUGUCAGCGAUCCCUUUUUGGGUGGAUGCUUCGACGUCUUGGGGCAUCGGAGUCGUGUUUGACACUGUUUGGCUCUCUUGGCGAUUGCAACGCGGCUGGGACGACAACAACCGGAAGAUCGGCUGGGCAGAAAUGGUCGCUAUCGAGUUCGGGCUACUCCUGGCAAUCCAUCGAGGGCACCACACUACUCAUUUCCUUGUUCGGUCAGAUAACGAAGGUGUGAUCGGUGCUCUUGACGCCGUAGCGGCCUCAGGGAAGGAGGUACCAGAGAUCUUCCGUGUGGUACCGGGUGCUCCAAUGCAAGCCGAUCCGAUUCUACUGUCGGGGAAAACUCGAAAAAAGUUGGAUCUGGCAUUCCAAAGCGGCUGGCAGAGCAAGACACUGGCAAACUAUGGCUCAGCUAUGAAGAGAUUUCUAAAAUUUUGUGACACAGAGGCUAUCCCACAGCAGCUGCGCCUCCCGACACAUGAAUUUGUGCUAUCGGCUUACGCGGCGUCACAUGCUGGGCUCCACGCAGGCUCAACUGCGCGGAAUGACAUAGCGGCAUUAAAGGCUUGGCAUGUCGCACAGCAACAACCCUGGAAAGGAGGGUCUCGACUUCACUAUGUCCUGUCGGGAGUCGAUGCACUCUCCCCCAAUACGUCAAACAAGCCUCCAAGGCCGCCAAUUACAGCAGACAUGCUCUUGGUCUUGCGAAGCGGGCUUGAUUUCUCAUCGGGCUUCGAUGUCGCAGUGUUUGCGGUCGCUUGCACAGCCUUCUGGGGGCAGUGUCGCCUUGGCGAACUCCUCCCUAAUUCGCGAAAAUCCGCUGAUUUGCAAUUCAAACCGAAAAGAAAAGAUUUCUCUUACUCAGGAAUACGGCAGUCGGCAAAGCUUCAUUUGCCACGAACCAAAACGAAACGACACGGAGAAGAUGUCAUAUUGACGGAUCAGCAAGCGCAGAUCAAUCCGAUUCGCGCAGUCCAGAUGCACUUGAUUGCAAAUUCAUUGCCAUCCGAAUGCCACAUCUUUGCUUAUGGCACCGCAAUUUCCCACUCCCCGUUGACGCGAAAUGCCUUCUUGGCUCGAUGCAAUGAAAUCUGGGGCGAAGCGGGCUACCCAAGGCUUACAGGGCACAGCUUUAGGAUUGGAGGUACUACAGAGCUUUUGCUUCGAGGAGUACCUCCGCACGUUGUGAAGGCAACAGGUCGGUGGUCUUCAGAUGCAUUCCUGAAAUAUUGGCGCUCCUUGGACUUCCUGGCGCCACAGUAUACCAAGAAUUUACAUAAACGGAAAUGA